CUCAUUUCCUUCCUAAAACCUACGAAAUAAAACACCUAGACAUCGAUUUUGUUUUCGUCUGGCUCGGUAUUAACCGCACAUUUAUAAACCACGGAUAUGCAACAUUACACCACUAACAUCAUUAUGCUGAAAGCGGAAAAAAGUUAAAGCAAUUUUAUAAGCUCGAAUUACCAGAUCUUGGUGGCUGGAUAGAUUGAAAUUCAUUCUCAUCGACAUGACAGAUAGAAAAUGAAAUGUUUGUUCAUUAAAGUGGGCGACGUGUUGCAAAGACAAAGUUAUCAGCUCUGCUGUCGUGAAAACGCCAUCAAAUUUGAAUUUCAACCACCCACAAGCGUUUUAUGUUGUGCCAAUUUAAUACGCUCCGAAGUUUUCGUAUGAAAACGCAAACGCAACAAACAGAUACGUGAUCGUAAGAGGAAGAUCAGUGGUCGACGUUUCUGAGACAGAGAACUGUUUGGUCCUCACGUAUGUACGUGUAGAGAUAUAAAAUCAAGCACUUUAAGGACGUUGCACAGAGCGAAAAAUUUGCUCAUGCUCGAAAAAUACAACAUAUCUGUAGAGCACUGAGAUGUCGAGCUUAGAGGACUAUCCCCUCACCAAAACAGAGUCCAUUGCCCUGAGCACAGCCUUUGGCUUGGUCGCCCUCACUAUCAUAGUAGGGAACUUUGUGACAAUUGCCGCUUUUACAAAAACAAGGCUUAUCCGCAGACCGACCCAUUAUUUUUUGAUCUCCCUUGCCGUGGCUGAUCUGAUGGUUGGUGCAGUAGCAAUGCCACUUUACAUCUUCCAUUUCGUGGAUUCAAGUCUUUGGAGUGGAAGCCAAGUAAUUCAAGCUCUGUACUACAGUUUUGAUAUCGUCUCUGGCAUGGCAUCGGUCUUUACUUUGGCAGUCGUCUCAGUAGAAAGACUCUAUGCCGUAGGAUGGCCCUGGAAAUACCGCCAUUCCACACCGCUGAAAUGCUAUAUAGUUGCCGUGGCAGGCACUUGGUUCUUAGCAGUCGCAAUAUGCUGCCUUUAUCUUGGAUUCCGUUUCAAAUUCAUUUCAGGCGUGGUUCACGUUGUAACAGUGAUUUCCUUAUCAGUGUCUCUUACAGUUACCUGUUCGGCCUAUAGUGCUUUGUGGCUUCGAAUUAAGUAUCGAAGGAAGCGUCGCAGGGGCGUUGAAAAAGACAAAAAAUUAGCCAUCACGUUGUUUGUGGUCACGGGAAUCUUCAUCUUCACAUGGAUGCCCUUUGAGGUCGUAAUAAUAAUUGUUCAUUUCUGCAAACAAUGUAACCCUCCCUCUCAUAGACUGGUCUACGUCAUAAAACUCCUUCAAUAUAGCAACUCGUUCGUGAACACACUCGUGUAUUCGUUUAGAAUGCAGGAAUUCCGCCGAGCGAUUUUCUCUUUUAUCCGCAGUGGCUCUUUGAGUCCGAAGAGGAACAUUCAGGUCAGAAAUGUCCCAGGUGUCACUUUGACUUCAGUUUCCAAUUUGGUCAACACGUGCUCGGCGGUCAAUCUAAACCUCAUAUACACUGGAAAUCAGCUGAAACUUUUCAAUGGAACGACGGGGCAUAGAAGAUUAGCCAAAAGAAGAGCUGAUCUAUUUUCAAUGCACAAAAAGGGAAAAUACUCCACCGGCAACGUGAGAGUCAGUGAAAGAGUUUAAGAGACAGGCUUUCUGAACUACUUUAAUUUGUUUAGCCUAAACAAAUAGCCGCAAUUCUUCCUCCUGGUGAACUGCAGUUCGUCCCGCGACCGUAGCUUAAUAAUCAAAUGCAAUGGCUCACUUCAUAGAAGAGUGUUGGUCUGGGCCAAAGGAUCGACGCGAGGGCUUGUGGGGAUUGUCUCGGGAGGAAAUAGACAUAGCGUCGCGGGAAGAACAGCUAAGAGGAAGAGUUUAGGAAGUAGACAUUUAAGUCGCAACGGACUCUGCAAUUUUGCAGUGCUACUUUCAAAUAUUAAUUGGUACUUUGUUAGAGAAACUUGCAAAUUCAAUUCAUGUUGGCUCAGAAAGCCUCCAGAACUUGUGCGUUUGCAUUUUGAAAAGUUCCGGCUUUUAUUUUCCUUGUAUAGCUGAACCAAUAGUGCUUCUUGGGCAAAAAGAAAAAGAAAACACCCCGUGGGCAACAGUUUAUCAAGAAACAGCUCAAAAUAAGCGUCUCUAAACUGUGCUCCAAAAUUCCAAUCUCUAGAUAAACACUCCUCAGGGCGAAAAAAUAUUUCCGCAGUAUUUGACGAGCAGUAUGUAUUAUCAUUCCAUGCAUUGUUUUCUUCCUUUGCGUUGGCCGAGAGCCCACCAUGUAAACUGCGAAUAACUGCCUACAAAUAAUGGUAGUAAUGUCUAAAUGUGU